UCGAAGUUUGCAGCAUUAUAAUAGAUAUUUGAGUGAUCUGUCUCCUGACCAGAGGUUGCUGGUUGAUUAUCUAUUUUACAAUGAGUAUGAAGAUGUUGCAUAUAUGUCAUUGGAUACAGAUUCUGAGGAAGUGAAGAUGAAAAAUGACAUUAUGCAAAGUGAACUUACAAGUGAUCUCAUUGUGGAUUUUGAUAAUCCUCAUAGCAACUAUGCGGUUCAGCUGUACAAAUUCGACUUAAUUAGCAUGCCUCGUCAAGGUUGGCUGACAAGUGGAGUUAUUGACGGAUGCGUCUUCAUGUUCAAUAGGCAAGAAGAGGAAUCACCUUCUGCAACAAGGAGAUUUUGGUUUAAUAUUAUGCCUUUUAACUAUAUCAAUUGGUUGUGUGCUGAGAAGGUAAAAAAGGUUCAGUUUGAGAGUGAGAUUGCUGAAAAUGAGAUUAUUUUGAAGAACCUGGAGGGCACUAGGCAGUAUGAUCAGAAGUUUAAGGAAUGGGAAGAAAACAAGAAAAAGCUUAUUACAAAAGAUGAUGAUUUAUUCUACAAGAAAUGUAAGGAAGCUAUUUCUUCAUGGGUGAAAUCAUUUCCACGCAAUGAUAUUCGAGAAGCUGAACUGAUUUUUGUUCCUGUUCACAAGGAUGAUCAUUAUACUGUCUUGGUGCUGAACAAGAAAGCAAAAAGGAUUGAAAAUAUUGACAAUCGUACAGACAUGAAGGACAUUGAUAGAUAUAAGCAUGAGGAAUUUAACGGUCUUACAUACUUUUGUCGUGCUUUUGAUUCUUUUAUGAAAGAGACUAUGAGAUGUCGUGAUUUUGAUCGUCUCCACCAUUGGCAAACAUCAACUCUUUACUUCCCUUGGAGAAGCAAGGACAACAAUUUUGAUUGUGGUGUCUAUGCAAUCAAAACCAUGGAGCUGUAUGACGGUCAAAAUACUAACCAUGCUGCACUUGUUGACCUUAAAAGGGCAGCCACCAAAAACCUUGAGCGGUGUAGGCUUGCUCUUCGUCUUGUGGACCAUCCUUUAAACAAACUGAGAGAGAAAGUGAAGCAUGACUGUUAUGUUUGGUCUGCAAAGAAACCUGAACUGAUGGCAAGACAGAAGAUAAGGAAGGAUAAAGAGGCUGUUCUAGAUAAAUUAGCAUUUAAUCGAUCAAAGAAGACGAAUAGAAAAGAAGCACACAUUUUACGGCGAAGGAGGGAUCAUGAGGCGAAAGUAGAAGAUGUGUUGAAUAAUAAUUUUGGAGACAAAGUGAAAAUAGAGCAACUGUUGAAAUUUCAUUAUUGUUAGGUGCCAAACUUUUUUUUAUUAUUAUUAUAAUGUACAGUAGAAAUAGAAACCAUUGAAUUUUGCAAUGUACAGUACAAAUAGCACAGAACUCAUUUUACAUUUUAUAUCUGUGUUCUUUAAUGAAUUGUACAUUUACACUUA